AUGCCUCUAUCAGAUUCUCCAUACCUCGUCAACUCCGCCGGCGUCCUCGGCCACCUCCUCAUCGCAGGCGGUUUUGCCGCAAUCAUCAGCCCACGCAGCGUGAUCGGAGCUUUCGGCCUCACUACUCCCUCGACACCUGAAUCUCAAAGACUGAUCGAUGUACUCGUCCCACUGUACGGCUUCCGCGAACUUUCCAUGGGAAUAUCUACGGUUGCUGUUUGGCGAUACGGCAAUAUCAGGACACUGGGUUGGACGACUAUGGCGGUGGUCGUUACUGCACUUGGUGAUGGGUGGGUUGCGAGAAAACAGCGUAAGGGUGUUGAGUGGGUGCAUUGGGGUCUGACGCCUAUUAUGGUGGGAUUGGGAGCUGGUCUGCUUGGAUACUUUGACUGA